AUGUCUGGUGUUGCUACAUAUUAUGCAAAAAUGUUUGGUGCUGGUGCUGCCAUGGGCGCUGGAUUAGAAGUGCUGCUCAUCAAGAGCAACUAUUACCAAAUGCUCGCUGCAUCAGAAGCCAAGCAACGACUCAAGGAUCUCAAGCAGGAGCAAGAGGAUCUCGAACGCUACAAUCGCAUGCAAAAAAACCAACAAGCUUCUUCUUCUUCUACAAAUUAG